AUUGGAGGAAGAGGCCGCGGCUGCGGCAGCAGACAAGGACAAGGAGGGCGAGCGGAGUACACAAUCGCCACAAGCAGACAACGCGAAGAGUGGGGAUGUCAGGGUGUUCGGCCCCACUUCCGCGACAUACAUGCUGCACUCGCAAGCGAUGAUUUCGUCGCGCGCGUAUGAAUCGUUCGACAUGCGAUACCACCACUCUUGGGACGUGAGCUCCAGUGGGGAGGGCGUGAUUCGCGUGCAUGAGCCUCAGCAGGGCGAGCUCCAGCUUGCGCUACCGAAGCCAGUCGACCUGCGGAUUGAGCGAGACGUCGUCGAGAAGCUCGUGAACGCGUACUUCACUGAAAUUGCGCCUAUGCUACCCAUCGUGACGCGGGAAGAAUUCAUCGCGAGCAGUCCUCCGCCGCCAGUGCUGAUGUACUCCAUGUGCCUUGUCGCGGGGGCCAGUCGGGACGUGCCCCAGAAUGUUUACGAGUCGAUACGGUAUGCCGUCAAUAGCCUCAUCAAGGCAGAGGACGUCAUGAGCACGGCGUCGACGGUCAACAUGCAGGCCUUGCUGAUCUUGGCGAUGUGUGGUGAUUGUCACUCUCAGUUCGUACCUAAUGCCCUUUCCGCUCUGUGGAUUCGUCUCGGAUGCUCUAUCCGUAUGGCACAAGACCUCGGUUUCCACCGCGCAGAGUCGGUGAGGCAAAACAUCGAGCUCCGGCGACGACUGUGGGGCAUUUGCGUGAUAAGCGACCGAUGGAUAAGUCUAACUUAUGGGCAUCCGUACAUGAUUGACGUCCAAGACUGUGAUGCGCGCCUGCCGUCAUCUGGGGACCCGAACGACAGGUACCUUGAUGAGCUCGUUCGCUUGAGCGUCGUGCUGGGCAGGGUGAUGAAAACAAUAUACACUCCUGCUGGUCUGACCGUCACCACGGACGAACAAUUACAUGCGCUACUAGCGGAUAUUGACGCAUGGAAGGCCAGGCUCCCCGAGGACCUACGUUUUCACGGGCCCGACACCCCUCGGGACGCUGGCCUGCUCUUCAUGUUCUACGUCUGCGUGAAUAUUCUAUUCUGGCGCGUCUUCAUGCGUAUAUCGUAUGCGUGCCCCGCGCACCUCAAGUUUGCUCUGACCGUCGAGAAGUGGACGGAAUUGGUGCAGUUGUCAGGCCAGGUGAUUGAUUGGCUGGACGCGCAUGAGCGGCUGUACGAUAUUUGGUUGCUGGUCGCCUAUUGUGCGACGUCGUGCGCGCUUGUUCAGUAUCACACAUGGGCGAGGCGUCGGGACCCAGAGGCACAAAUGAAGCUGAAGAAGCUCCGGGAUUGUAUACGGAAAUGGGAGGCGUCUCUCUCGCCUGACCACAUGUCAGCACGACGAAAGAAUGCGGAGAUCAUCGCACUCCUAUACGAAGCCACGCAGGGUCAGCAGGACCACGCCGCGCAACCCGCGUUGAACCCGACAGGCGGCGUCACGGGCAAGCCGCCCUUGGCGAGCGGGCUCAUUUUCAAGAAGGACCCGUCAAGACCGGGCGGAGGUGUCUUUGUCGCACACACGAAGCCAAGGAGGGCGAGGUCGACGAACACUUGCCGGAGGGCACGAUAUUAGCGGAGAUACCACUGAAGGUCCGUCUCCUCCUCUGGGUAUCCGGCGUGGUCGUCUGCGUCGGUAGCCGAGAGCUCGGGACAGGGCCGACAGCAGCACCAACAGUCGCAUGACCCGUCGCAACA